UUUUCACACACAAAAGGGCACAGACACACUCAUUUACUAUCCUCUUUAUGCAUAAACCAAACUCACCACCGCCUCACAGAGGCUGCAAAUAGAAAUAGCAUAGUGUUGGCUGUGAAUGAGAUCACAAACUUCAUCUAUACAAUGGCCUGCAAUUCCUUCCUUCCAAGUUUCUGCGUCUUCUUGCUUUUCUUGCUGUACGGGGCUUCGUAUACAGUUACUGAGGCUCGUGUGAUUCCGGCCAUGUUUGUUUUCGGAGACUCCCUAGUAGAUGUGGGCAACAACAAUUACCUCAGGUAUUCAUUUGCCAAAGCAAACUUUCCUCACAAUGGGAUCGACUUUCCGACCAGAAAACCAACCGGCAGGUUCGGCAAUGGCAAGAAUGCUGCAGAUCUUAUUGCUGUGAAAAUGGGGUUGCCGACAAUACCACCGUAUCUCUCCAUGUCAUCCAAAUCAAACAAGAGCAUUACACAGUUCCUAAACGGCGUUAACUUUGCAUCUGGAGCUUCCAAAAUCUUAAACGACAUAGAUCCACAAUAUCCCUUUUCCAUACCUUUGGAAAAACAAGUAGACUACUAUUUGGCAGUGCAUAAAGACCUAGCGCAAGGGCUAGGAGCCUCCAGAGCACAAAUUUAUUUAUCAAAAUCUCUCUACCUCAUUAUCACAGGAAGCAAUGACAUCUACAACUACUUUGACUCGUUAAGUAACAGCACACAACAGCAGUACGUGAACUCCAUUGUUCUCAUCUUCAAAGAACAAGUGAAGCGGCUGUAUGAUUAUGGUGCACGCAAAUUCUCGAUUGUUGGGGUUGGGGUUAUCGGAUGCACACCAUCAGAAAGGAAUGAGCAGGCGGACAGAAAAUGCAAUGAAGAUACAAAUCGAUUGUCACUCAAGUACAAUCAAGCACUCGUCUCCAUGUUGAAGAAUUUGGCAUCAGAGCUCAGAGGCAUAAACUACUCCUACUUUGAUGGUUACAGCGUCAUGCAGAACUUCAUCCAAAAACCAACAGCUUAUGGAUUUUCUGAGGUUAAAGCUGCUUGCUGUGGUCUUGGGAAGCUCAAUGCCGAUGCUCCUUGCCUGCCAUUUGCGACUUACUGCACCAACAGAAGCAACCAUCUGUUCUGGGACAGAACGCAUCCUACUGAGGCAGCUCAUCGCAAGCUUGUGGAUUAUAUGCUUUAUGGUCCUUUACAAUACACAUUUCCACUCAAUGUGAAAAAGCUAGUUGCCAUAUAGUUAAGAAUAAGUCUUAGUAUGAACACCUUAUUGAGGAUGUGAAGGAGCCAGCUUGUCUAUCA